AUGGCUUCCCGGCGGCUCGCACUCAACCUGCAGCAGAGCAUGCGCUCUCGCGCCGCCAUCAACGCGAUCAAGUCGUCCAAGGCCUCGCCCUUGACCAGAGGCCUCGCGACGCCCGUCGCCUACGGCUCCAAGACCGAGUCGACGACACUCAACAAUGGCUUCACGAUCGCUACCGAGCACUCCCCGUGGGCUCAGACGUCGACCGUCGGUGUUUGGAUCGAUGCUGGCAGCCGCGCAGAGACGGAUAAGACGAACGGAACCGCACACUUCCUGGAGCAUCUUGCCUUCAAGGGAACCCAGAAGCGCACACAGCAGCAACUGGAACUCGAGAUAGAAAACAUGGGCGGCCACCUCAACGCCUACACCUCGCGCGAAAACACCGUCUACUACGCCAAGGCCUUCAACAACGAUGUCCCCGCCGCUGUCGAUAUCCUCUCCGACAUUCUCCAGAACUCGAAGCUCGAGCCCCAGGCCAUCGAGCGUGAGCGUGAUGUCAUCCUCCGCGAACAGGAGGAGGUCGACAAGCAGCUCGAGGAGGUCGUAUUUGACCACUUACACGCCACCGCUUUCCAAGGCCAGCCGCUCGGUCGCACCAUCCUCGGACCCAAGGAGAACAUCCAGAGCAUCCAGCGCUCCGACCUCGAAAACUACAUCAAGACCAACUACACCGCUGACCGCAUGGUCCUCGUUGGCGCUGGUGGCAUUCCCCACGCGCAGCUCGUAGAUCUCGCCGAGAAGCACUUCGCCAGCCUGCCUGCCGAGCCCCAGGACUACACCUCCAAGUCCAUCGCCGCUGAGCAGAAGCAGAAGCCCGACUUCAUCGGCUCCGAGGUCCGCCUUCGGGACGACACCAUGGGUACCGCCAACAUUGCCAUUGCUGUAGAGGGUGUCAGCUGGAGCGACCCUGACUACUUUACCGCGCUGGUUACACAGGCUAUUGUCGGCAACUGGGACCGCGCCAUGGGCAACUCUGCCUAUCUUGGUAGCAAGCUCAGCAACUUCAUCUCGCAGAACAACUUGGCCAACAGCUUCAUGAGCUUUUCCACCAGCUACUCGGACACUGGUCUUUGGGGUAUCUACCUCACCAGCUCCAACGUCACCUCGCUCGACGACCUCGUUCAUUUCACUCUCCGCGAAUGGUCUCGUCUUUCCAUGAACGUCACCUCCGCCGAAGUCGAGCGCGCCAAGGCCCAACUCAAGGCCUCCAUCCUGCUUGCUCUUGACGGCACCACCGCCGUUGCGGAGGACAUAGGCCGACAGAUUGUUACCACCGGCCGCAGGUUAUCACCCGAGGAGGUUGAGCGUGUGGUUGGCCGUAUCACAGAGAAGGACGUCAUGGAGUUCGCGAGAAACAAGCUUUGGGACAAGGAUGUAGCUAUUUCAGCCGUUGGCCAGAUUGAGGGCCUGUUGGAUUACAACCGUAUCAGGGGUGAUAUGAGCAGGAUGCUUUCAUAA